CAAAGCAAUCUACAUCCUGAAUUCAUCACAAAAAGUCUGUUUUGAUCACACAGAUCUUCACUUCCCGAUAUUAGAAAUCGGAAAACUACAACACCAACAUCCAUUCUCUCUGGAUUCACAAAAAUGGGUCGGGUCAAGGAUUUGAUCCUCACUUUCUUCAACAACAGAUGGCUUGUUUUUGUGGCGGCAAUGUGGAUUCAAUCGUGCGCCGGAAUCGGCUACUUGUUCGGAAGUAUUUCUCCGGUGAUCAAGAGUUCAUUGAACUAUAAUCAGAAGCAGGUUGCGAGAUUGGGUGUAGCUAAGGAUCUCGGUGAUAGUGUUGGAUUUUUGGCCGGAAGUAUGUCGGAGAUAUUGCCGUUGUGGGCUCUGUUACUUGUUGGUGCUGUUCAGAACUUUGUUGGGUAUGGUUGGGUGUGGCUCAUCAUCACCGGUAGAGCUCCGGUGUUGCCAUUGUGGGUUAUGUGCCUUCUGAUAUUCAUCGGAACAAAUGGCGAAACAUACUUCAACACAGUCGCACUAGUUUCAUGUGUUCAAAACUUCCCCAAAAGCCGUGGCCCAGUCGUCGGAAUCCUAAAGGGAUUUGCAGGUCUCGGCGGCGCAAUCUUAACCCAGAUAUACGCGUUAGUCAAAUCACCAGAUAGCGCUUCCCUUAUCUUCAUGGUCGCCGUGGGACCUUCCAUGGUGGUCAUCUCCCUCAUGUUCAUCGUCAGACCAGUCGGAGGUCACAGACAACUCCGAACAUCAGACGCAUCAAGCUUCUCGUUCAUCUACUGCAUCUGUCUCAUUCUCGCCGCUUACUUAAUGGGUGUUAUGCUCGUCGAAGAUUUAGUCGAUCUAAGCCAAACCAUAGUCCAAAUUUUCACCGCGAUUUUGUUCGUCCUGUUAGUAGUUCCGAUCGGAAUUCCAUUAUGGUUAACCUUUUCUUCAGAUCGGAGAAACCCAAACCCAAACGAAGAAUCUCUUCUACCCGAAUCAGAAUACAAAGAACCCGAAAGAUCCGAACACGAUCCAAACGAAAUCAUAUUCAGUGAACUAGAAGAUGAGAAGCCGAGAGAAGUCGAUUUACUUCCGGCAUCAGAACGACAAAAGAGGAUCCUGCAACUACAGUCGAAGCUGGCUCAGGCGGCGGCAGAAGGAGCGGUGAGGAUUAAGAGGCGAAGAGGACCACAUCGAGGGGAGGAUUUUGAUCUGACACAAGCUUUGAUUAAGGCAGAUUUCUGGUUGAUUUUUUGGUCGCUUCUGUUGGGAUCUGGUUCAGGGUUAACAGUGAUUGAUAAUUUAGGGCAGAUGAGUGAGUCUUUAGGGUAUGAUAACACGCAUAUUUUUGUCUCCAUGAUCAGUAUUUGGAACUUCUUGGGUCGUGUUGGAGGUGGCUAUUUCUCAGAGAUCAUUGUCAGGGAUUACGCAUACCCCCGACCCGUAGCCAUGGCAGUUGCCCAAGCCAUAAUGGCAGUCGGGCAUUUAUUCUUUGCCAUGGGUUGGCCCGGUGCAAUGUACAUCGGUACACUUCUAAUCGGGUUAGGGUACGGGGCCCACUGGGCCAUCGUACCUGCUACAGCUUCCGAAUUAUUUGGACUCAAAAAAUUCGGAGCGUUGUACAAUUUCCUAACACUAGCGAACCCUGCGGGUUCACUAGUGUUCUCUGGUGUCAUUGCCAGCUAUAUUUACGACUCUGAAGCCGAGAAACAAGCAGCACAACGCCAUCAACAAAUUACCAAUUCCACUUCUUCUUUUCUUACCAAACUUUUUGACACGGAUGACGCUCUCAAGUGCGAAGGCUCAGUGUGCUUCUUUUUGACAUUCAUGAUAAUGUCAGGACUUUGUAUCAUCGCACUUAUCUUAAGUUUGAUACUUGUUCGCCGAACUAAGGUUGUCUACCAGAACCUCUACGGGAGAACCCGCGCUUAAAAUUUUUGGACUCGUGGGUGUGAUUCUUGUUUUGUUUUGGAAUUUUGGAAUUUUUAUUUUUGUAUAUUGUUGUUCAAAUUUGAUUGGAGUUUUGUUUUUUUUCAUUUUUUUUUAAAUUCAGUUUUUCAUGAAUCUAUUAUACUUUGCUUGAAAGAUA